AUGGAUGAACCAAUAGCUGAUCUUGCAGAGAAGGAGCUGAACCAGCUAGAGGAGAGUGGCACUGAAGAGGAGCUGGACGAGCUGAACACUUCACUUGAACGAGAUAGACCUGGACGAGAUGAAUCUCAAGAAAUCAUGUAUGAAAGCGAGCAGGAACGAGACGAGAGACCAGUGGCUAGAUUGGACAAAGCACAGAUUGAAGCCUUAUUAGCUACUGUUAUGAAAGAGAUGGAUAAAAAGCUUGAAUUUGUUAGGAGAGUAGCUAGGGAAAAGAGAAAAGGCAAGCGACUUGCAGUGGUUGGAGAACAUGAGGAUCCAGAUACCUCCUAUGGUCGUAGCACUGAAGAAGAAGAACGUUACUAUGGUAGAGAGGUGUAUCAAAAAAUCAGGAGGCUUACCCAAGGAACCAAAGGUGUGGAGGACUUCUACCAAGAGAUGGAAAUACUCAUGAUCAAAGCAGCUGUUGAAGAAGCAUCUGAAGCCACUAUGGCUCGAUUUCAGGCUGGGCUAAACAGAGACAUCCAGGACCGCUUAGAGAUGCAGGAGUAUGAGGACAUCUAUGAGCUACUCCACAAUGACAUCCACAUUGAGCAGCAACUAAAGAGAAAAUCCUCAGCCGAAGGGUCUUAUGGAAACAAAUACAAGUCGUCUACUACCAAGGAUGAUAAGUCUUUUGUGAAACCAAAGGAGAGCGUGAGGGAUAAAUGA